GUGUCAGAACCGGGUGAAAAUACCGGCAAAUGUUGUAUUUCCCCGUUGCGUCCAGCAACAAAUACGUCGUUUAUUACAACUUGUCUGCACGCAGUCAACAAGACUCCGUUGUAAAUAGCUUGUAUUUGUUGAGUUAGUCUGAAUAAACAACGUGCAGGUGACUCGAGUAUCCGCGGUGCGACUGGCCCUUUAAGUUGGGGCCCGGCCCGGUUCGUGGUCGCGGUCGCGGUCGUCGUGCUUCCCCGCAUCACCGGGCGCCUCGCUCCGGCAAGCUUCCGCACAAUCUGACACCUGCCGGCGCGGAUGGAAAAUUCGGAGCGGUGAGCUUCUUGUGACGAUAAUGGAUCGAGUGUGACUCCUUCCUUGACGUUCCAACUCUGUAACUAUGGCUACUUGUCAGCAAGGCUGCACACCGGCCGUGCGCCUUUGUCAGAGGCUGAACCGAGUCAAGACGCUCGAUGACGACAUGAUGGCCACGUCACUGAAACGCUGCCUUUCCACCCUGGACCUGACUCUCUUGGGUGUCGGCGGCAUGGUGGGCUCUGGCCUGUAUGUCCUGACAGGCACAGUAGCCAAAGACAUGGUUGGGCCUGCUGUCAUUGUGUCCUUCAUUUUUGCAGGUUUUGCCUCUUUGUUAGCGGCUUUUUGCUACGCAGAGUUUGGAGCACGCAUUCCCAAAACCGGUUCGGCCUACAUGUUUACCUAUGUCUCUGUGGGAGAGGUCUGGGCCUUUUUGAUAGGUUGGAAUGUGAUUCUGGAGAAUAUGAUUGGUGGUGCUGCUGUGGCACGGGCAUGGAGUGGCUAUUUGGACUCAAUUUUUAACCAUGCCAUCCAGAACUUUACUGAAACCCACAUCAUGCGGUGGGACGUGCCCUUUCUUGCCCAUUAUCCUGACAUACUUGCAGCUGGGAUUCUAGUGGUUGCCUCACUCUUUAUUUCCUUCGGAGUUCAAGUGUCCUCCUACCUUAAUCAUAUCUUUUCCACCAUCAGUAUGUGCGUUGUAGUUUUUAUCCUGAUCUUUGGUUUUGUGCUGGCGGAACCGGUAAAUUGGAGCCAGAAGGAAGGAGGGUUUGCACCUUUCGGAUGGUCCGGAAUCUUGGCAGGCUCAGCCACAUGCUUCUACGCAUUUGUAGGUUUUGAUGUGAUUGCCUCCUCAAGUGAGGAGGCCAAGAAUCCACAAAAGGCUGUUCCCAUUGCCACAGCAAUAUCCCUUGGACUGGCAGCAACAGCCUACAUCCUGGUGUCCACGGUGCUUACAUUGAUGGUUCCCUGGCAUACGCUGGACCCCAACUCUGCACUGGCAGAUGCUUUUUUCCGUCGAGGUUACAGUUGGGCUGGAGUCAUUGUGGCAGUGGGUUCCAUCUGUGCCAUGAACACAGUGCUGCUCUGUAAUCUCAUCUCCCUCCCUCGGAUUGUGUACGCCAUGGCAGAGGACGGUUUGUUCUUCAAAGUCUUUGCACGUGUCAAUCCUAUAACCAAAGUCCCCAUCAAUGCUAUUCUGGUUUUUGGAGCCCUUAUGGCCACCAUGGCUCUCAUCUUUGAUCUGGAGGCUUUGGUUCAGUUCUUAUCUAUUGGAACCCUCCUCGCCUACACCCUUGUAGCGGCCAGCGUUAUCGUCCUUCGCUUCCAGCCCGAGAAAAAACGCUCCAAGGGGACUUCAUCAACAUCUCCCAAUCCAAAUGCGGAGCCUUCCCCUGCCGCCUCGGAAUGUCAGAACAUAUCAGAGGACAAUGAGGAGCCGAAAGAGUACGAGUCCUUCUCUGACAAGCUCCAGUUGGUGGAGAGGCAGAAGCAAAGGGAGCGAAGCGGGGUGGGGCAGCUAAGGGCCUGCUGGGAACCAUACCUGGGCCGGCUACUGGGGAACUGCGAGCCUGGGGAGGUGGUGGCCCUCUGUGUGCUGGGUCUGAUAGUGAGCGCCGUUUUCUUUUGUGGUGUGGUUGUAUUUGGCGCCACGCAGCUGCAACUCCCAAGAUGGAGCUAUAUCACCCUGCUGGUGAUUUUUAGUCUCGCUUAUGUUGUCUGCGUGGCAGUCAUAUGGGUUCAUGAGCCACAGACUAACACCAAAACAUUCCAGGUACCUCUGGUUCCACUUACUCCAGGCAUCAGUAUUCUCUUUAAUGUAUUCCUUAUGAUGAAGCUCAGUCCUCUAACCUGGAUAAGGUUCAGUGUCUGGCUAGCCCUAGGUCUCUUAGUGUAUUUUGGCUAUGGAAUUUGGCAUAGUAAAGAGGGCAUGAGGGAGCUGCAACCCAAAGAUAUGGCUGCCCGCUAUGUCGUGCUGCCCAGCGGCAGCCUGGUGGAAACCGUGGAGUCUGUCCAGCCCGAACAAGCGGACGCCUCUGCAUCGCACGUGAACCCCGCCAUGACGACUGAGGAGUUUGCUGGAAAAAGAUGAUGUGUGAGCGAAUCUGAUGAUUACACCUGCCUGUUAUCUGCUGUCUUCUACCCUCGCCACUAUUGUUUACACUGCCUGUUGCUUUCUGUACUCAUCGCUCUGCAAGUGUAAGCACACCAAAGGAUAAGAUGUACAUCCUCUGUCUUAUUGUAAAGCAUAUUUGUAUAUCUUGUCAUUUUUGGGUCUGUGUGUCGGAAAUAUGAACACGCACACACUAAACUGAAGGAGCAGCGCAUCAGGGCCUCCCCUGUUCUAAAUCUUAUGACCCUGAUCUGCUUUGUGUCACAAUCAUUUUUUUUUUUCAUCAUGCACUGUUGAGCAACAGUCCUUUCCCUUGUCACUUAUAUAAUUAUAUACAUCAAAGCACAGUCAUAUUCAAGAACAUUUUCUCGGGGGAGGGGGGGGGGGGGCAUCGAAAGCAAGCACAAAUUGUCUUCAACCCGUGACCCUAGUGAGAAUAAGCGGUACGGAAAAUGGGUGGUAAUCUUUAAACGUGUUUCAUUUGUGUGAAGCCUCCUUAAUCCCAGAUUUGGAGGUGUCACUAGUCUGCAGUUGAACUUCUGCAACAGAUAAAAAGACAUCUAACUUACUCUACAUUCCCACAGUCUGCACUUGUUCAUACUGACAUGUAUCUAAAGUCAAUGUUUGUUUUCACAUCAUGUCUGCUUAUCAAACCGAUGGCCUUAAUAAACACAUGAAUCAAAGAAGACAGAUUUAUGUAGUGGUUAAGAUGUAUAUAAUCGUUCUAUUCUGCAAUAGAUUCCAUACAUACUGCAUCUUGCACAUUGUAAUUUAUUUUUACAAUGUGUCGAACCAAAUAAAAACCUGGAACAGAAUGUAAAUGGUAUUGCAUUGCUAUACAAAGGUGUGAGGCCCCAGAGAAUUUGUAUACUCUAACUUUGCACACUAUAAAAAGAUUAUUUUGGGAAGGGGUGGAGGUUGCAUCGGGAUGCACAGAUAUGAUUUUCCUACCUGCCAAUUAUGUUUUUCCUGCACAUCAGUCUCAAUUUCUUUGUUCUGUCUAUAGUGUUGUUAUAUACUGUAUGGAAAAUAAAUGUUUUCAAGCACUA